UGUCCAAAUUAUGUCGCUUAGAUGAGGUCAUUGGAAGCGACAUACAUAAUAGAUUGAGGUGCUUAUUGCGAGUUCGAGGAAAAUAUCUUGAAAAUAACAUUAUCUUGUGACACCUACAUUUUCGUAAUGCACAAGAUUUUUACGGUCAUUUGCAAGUCGAUGUAUCUAUGAAGGUUUUCAUUGCCAACCCUCCUAGAACUAGUUUAGGAAAGAGCCAGCAAACAAAAUAAAUCAGAAGCUGUGUUAUCUUUAAAAACCAACGAGUUAUCAAAAAUAAUUUGGCUGUAUAACAUUUUAUCUGAUAAUGUAUUCGUUGGGCAUAAACAGGCUGCAUUGAUAUGAUAAUUUUCUUUUGAAUGAUUGAAAGUCCCGGAACUGCGGAACAGGCACUGGCAUCUUUCUUGCAGAGACCGCGGGAAAAUGUCGUUAUUUCCUGCUCAUUGACGAAGUCUAGGGUUGGCGCGACAGUUAUUGUAAACAGAUGUAGCAGAAUAAUGUUGUGAACAGCACUGUUUGUAUCGAUUGUCCUAUGCUAUUUCAAAGCACAUCUCGGAGCCAUUAACAGACCAUCAGGAGAAUGGAGGAGGAUUUGAUGGAUGAAGUAUAUGGAGAUCUUGGUCAGGACUACCAUGGCAGAGAUACUGUGGCGGCUUUUGAUGAAGAUUCUGUGGAUAUUUAUUCUGGUUUGGAAAGUCCACGUCCCAGAAUUCAAUCAAAUACAGAACGGAACUGCACACUACUUUCCCCGCAGAAUCUGAAAUCAUUGGAUUUAUAUGAAGAAAUCAUUACACAGGAACAGCAGGAUAGAGAGGCUUCAUACAAUGAGCUGAGAACCAGAUACAAUGCUGCACAAAAGCAAGUUGAGGAAUUACUUAGGAGGUUGCAGCAGAUUGAAACACAGAACACAACACUGAACACAGAGAACAGCCGUCUGAAGAAGAACAUCUGUGCACUCAUAAAAACUGCCAAAAUGGAGGUUGUUCGGAAGGAUGAAGAGAUAAAUAGAUUGAACCGAAGUUUCAGGCCAGGGAGGAGUCCUGCUUCUCGCCAUCAAUCUCAGAUGAACUGCCGGAGAAAUCAAGUUCCAAACAGACCGAAUAUGACUGGGUAUUCACCAAGCCUACCACAAGUUCCAAACGGACCGAAUACUACGGGGCCAACUCCACCAAGCCAACCACCAGAACCUAGACAGGACUGUCUUGUUAACGAUCUUCACCAGCGCCUCCGUAAGGGCAGAGUUGUAGACCAGCCCCCUCCACCCUCCUCUGAUACAAAGGUUUUCAGACCACCUCUUCCUGAUGAAAUGGUUCUCAGACCACCUGUUCCUGUCACUUCAAAGACCCCUAGAGGAGAUUCAGACAGAGAUGUAGUCCAACCCCCUCUCCCUCCACCCCCCUCUGGUGCAACAGUUUUCAGACCACCUCUUCCUGAUGAAAUGGCUCUCAGGCCAUCUGUUCCUGUCACUUCAAAGACCCCUAGAGGAGAUUCAGACAGAGAUGUAGUCCAACCCCCUCUUCCUCCACCCCCCUCUGACGCAACAGUUUUCAGACCACCUCUUCCUGAUGAAAUGGUUCUCAGACCACCUGUUCCUGUCACUCCCAAGACCCCUAGAGGAGAUUCAGAAUCUCCAGCACCAGACAUUGAUUCUUCAGUUAGUUUCAACAAGGAGUCUGUGAAUAGAAUCCCUCUAUGUGAACUUCGCUCGUCAGGUGAGCACAAACGAACCAAGAACAGUGAAGUAAGAGGCCAAAAUACCAGACCGUCUGAGCAGUGGCAUAAAAACAGUUCAGUUGUAAACAAGGAAUCUCAUUCAAAUGAGAGGAACCGGUCCCACAGAGCACAAAAAGAUUCAGGAAAACAUGGCUCAAAAUCAGGCAAAAGCAGAGAUUGUUCUUCAGAUGUUGCGCUAGACAGGAGAUCAGAAAGGGCCUCAAACAUUUUACAUUGCACUAGUUCCUCUGACCGUACAUCUAAAGGGUUGUCUAAAGACAAUCCAGAUAUUCAGUCUAUAGGUUCUUGUCGGCAUGACAAAGAGCUCAUGCAUGAAAAGGAGGAUAUUAGGCAUAGUAGAAGUGAAAAAUACAUUUCUUUUAGAAACAGAAGGCAUGGGUGUUUAAAUCAAGGCAGCCUCACUGAACGAUCUAGUAAAUCUCUAAAUCACAAGGGAGGCACAAGUUCUACAAGGGAUCACCAAAGGAAAGAGGAGAGGAGAGAGGGUGAAAUUGGAAAAGAAAAAAAUAGAUCAGGGGAAAGGUCGAAAAGAAAAAGCACUUCCGAGAGAGGAAAGGAGCAUGAGAGAAAUAGAACCCUGGAAGGAAAUCCAUCUAGUAUGAAUUUCACCAAGGACAAGAAUAUGGACAACAGUAAAGUCGGUGAGCAACAGACACAAGAGGAAUGUACAGUUCUUCUAGCUAAGGCAACAUUGCCUGAGAAAAGCUCUGUAGAGGAAAACAGUCCAAACAGAAAAUUAUGUUUCAUGGAAACUCUGAACCUCACUCUGUCACCAGUUAAAAAGCCAAGUAAGCCUGCUGAAGACAUGGAACAGGAGGACAAAACACCGCCUGUUGAGGUUCCCGAAGACCAGUCAGAAAACAGAGGGCCACCUGAUCUAGAAGAUCUACUUGUCUUAGACGAAGUCAACUCUAGUAUGGAUGAAUCUGAAGUGUGUGUUGAGGAGCCAGUUGUACAGUCCUCGUUAGAAAUCCCACCACCUCCAGAACCUGAAAGUGUUGAGAGUAAACAAACAGAUCAAGAAUCUAGUCUGAAUUCUGACAAAGCUUUGGCUGAGACCAUAGUAGCAACAGAGCAACUUAAGUGCCACUUAGAAGUGGUGGACAGUACUGUCCAAGAUGGAUCAGAAAACAGACCUGCACUGCUGGAGGCCACAGUAGAUCUAAGGACGGAGCCCACCAAACAACAACCUCUCACAAAUGAUUUUGACUCAUUUCCAGACUGUGAUUCUGUUGUGAAAACUACACUGAAAAGCAGAAUGGAAAACUGGGAUUCUGAAAACAAAAGUAACAUCUCAGAGGAGUUGACUGACGCUGCAGUAGCUUCUACUACGUUCUUUAAGAACUGUGUUAGCAAUUCAAAUGUGGACAUUUCUUCUAAUAGACUAACCCCUGAACAUUCAAAUGGAGAUUCAGGGGAUGUUAUUAACAGCUGUGUGAAUGUACAGUCAGACCAUGCAACGCCCAGUGCUUUGGUCUGUAAAAGCCAAGAAUUUGAAACUGUGACACAAGAUCCAUCUGCUGCCGUCUAUGUUGGAAGUCCUGCUAUUCCGGAUAGUCCAGGAAAAAAGACAUCUGAACCUCCACAACCCAUCAUCCACCCUGAGGACCUUCAGCAACUGCCUGUCUCGAUCAUUUCAAAUUCAAAUCUGGAAAAUGGUUUGACAGAGGAGGCGCAAGUUGUUUCCAUGGAUGCUGUGUCCAGUACAAGAUGCGUGGAGUCUAUCCCAGAGAUCUGCAUUACGUCUGACGUCACCACCGAUGUCACAGAGAUAACUGUGCAGUGUGAAGAGGAGAAAACUACGGUGGGACUGAAUUCAGCGUUGAGCAUCAUUGGGGUGUCUAAAGUGAGCAGCACGACGGGCGAGGUUGCACCGUGUGAACCGCCCACGUGGGAUGUGUCCCAGACACCGAAGAAGUCCUUCCACUCUAAACCAAGUUACAGGGAGAACGAAGAGGAGAAUGUUGAGCCCUCCAGCUCCCUCCUGAUGGCCCACGAUGAGGACUCAAUGAUGCUCACACUAAGAAGCCUGAAAGUAAUUCCAAACCCCAUUAGCCCACUCACAAGCCCAGUCCGCCCGACGAGAAAAUGCCUGCAGGCAUGCCAAAACGAACAUACUCACAUCAAGAGUCUUAGCAAAGAGUUUUCCAGUGCAGCUGGGGACCCCGAUUCAAACAAGGUAGAGGUGAAUAAUGAGAACAAGAAUACUGGUGGCUCUCUCACCACUGCUACACAACAAGAUGGGGCCGGGACACCUGACCAUCUUUCCAGCCAAGAGGAAGAACUGGAAGAGGGGGAAAUUGUUAGUGAAAGUGAAGGGGAUGAAAAAACAGUCACACGAAGUUCUCUAGCCAAGACUGUUAGGCCCACAGGCACUGUGCAAAAUCAAUUAAGUCCCAAGUCACUUCCUAGUCUUUCACGUCAUGCAUCUAAAGACGAUGAUGUAGUUACACAAGGGCAUUCUAAAGCCAGGACGAGAAACCUGGCUCCACCAAUUGCAAGCCCCACAUCUAACAAGACCCGCUACAAAAUCAUUCAACCUCCAUUACCCAAAGCCCCUUUGUCUACCGUGGAGGAGGUUAUGGACAUUUUUGCAAAGAUUCGCUUUGAGUGCAGGAAAAAGUACUUUAAGUUUCAUUCAGUCUUCUCUAAGAAAGCCUUUAGCUCUCUUAUGGGCAUGUCUCUUGACUCUUUCACAGAAUUUGUUGAUAGUAUAUGCUUUACUAAACUAUGCAGCCAAGAAGAUGUCCUCAAAGUAAAUCUGAAGAACAUGUUAAUGGUUGUUUUGAAUAAGUUGGCAGAUAAUGGCAUUGUCAACCGCCUGUUUGACCAGCAGCCAAUUAAUAUGAAGUCGAAAAUAUGGGAAUUUGUGGAUGUGCAGUUAGAUUUCUUAUUCCUGGAAAUUCAGACUGCAUUGAGAAGUGUUUGCAAAUCUUCGAACGCAAACCAAUCCACAGGAGCAGAAAAAAUUGACAGAAGUCUCUCUGGAAAUACAUCCCCGAAGCGGACGGCCAAGUCCCCGAAGCGGACGGCCAAGUCCCCGAAGCGGACGGCCACCAAGUCCCCGAAGCUGGCUACCAAGUCCCCGAAGCGGCCCGCCAAGUCCCCGAAGCGGCCCGCCAGGUCGCCAAAGCAGCCCGCCAGGUCGCCGAGGCGGUCCGCCAGGUCGCCGAGGCAGCCCGCCAGGUCGCCAAAGCAGCCCGCCAGGUCGCCGAGGCAGCCCACCAGGUCCCCGAAGCAACCAGCAAAGUCUGUAAAAUCACCAGUGUCUACAGCCACCAAACUUAAAAGAGAGCAGGGAGCGGUACAAAAAACUGAGUGUUUGACCAAAACAAUUAGACAUAAAAGACCACAAGAGGAAUUAAGUGAGUGUGUUGAACCCAACAUGAAAAGAUCCAGGUCUCAGACUGAACCCCCAUGCAAAACCGGCCUUGGGAGAGGCAAAAAUAUUAGAAUGUCCUCUGAGGAAGAGGAUAAAGAUUUGGAACCUCAAACUUCAGAUCAAUCUCAUGUGCAAUUACCUUUGCAACAGAGGGUAGAGAUCUUACCAUCAAACACCACAUCGUCUGCUGAGAAAACGGCUGCUUAUGUUCGCCGGCUGUCUCAAAAUGGUUCAUUCCAUGACAAGUCUGACUUUGAAAUCCUCACAGAACAGCAAGCCUCCAGCCUAACAUUUAACCUGGUGACCGAUUCCCAGAUGGGAGAGAUCUUCAAGUGUCUUUUACAAGGGUCUGAUUUGUUAGAAACUAAUAUCUCCGCUGCAGAAAGUCAAGGCUGGCCCCUUGGCACUCCUCGGAAAGAAGGAGAGCGUUUCCUAGGCGUUACAACCCCAAGCAAACUUGUUACUCCCUCAAAGCUCAUUGCCACAUGGUCAGCUAUCUCACCUCAGAAGUUUUCUUCUCCAAAUUCAAAAAUCCAAGUUCCAGUCAAUCCAGCUUCGUUAGAUGAGAGUUGCAUGCUAGAGGUACCUUCUGGCCUGCUGGAAAGCGGAAUAGCACCAGAGUCUAGUGUGUUCUCACAAAGGUCCUUUUCCAUCUUGGCAGAAGAUCUGGCGGUCUCCCUCACAAUUCCAUCACCCCUCAAGUCUGACAAUCACCUCAGCUUCCUACGCCCGGCCAGUGGGGAGGCCUUAUCCGCUCCCGAUAGCGUAAUUAGCGCCCACUUCAGUGAGGAUGCUCUCAUGGAUGGGGAAGAUGCCACUGAGCAGGACAUUCACCUUGCCCUGGACACUGACAACUCCAGCGGCGCGUCAAGUGCUGGUAGCAAGACUAGGGAGCCCUCCAUUAACCCCUUGUUUCACUUUAAACCUCACUUGCCCAUGCGGGCGGUAGUGACGGAGAAGUCUAAUGAUCAUUUUAUUGUGAGGAUACGGCACGCAGACGUCGACUCGGCAUGCUCGGGUGUCAACUGCACCAGCCUGGGCAGCAACUCCAGCAGCUCAGGUGACGACUUGGCUAAACCGGGGAUCAACUGCACAGGCGAACCAGUCAUCUCGACAAGCCAGGCCGUGAACACGGCCAGGCCAGGCACCACCUCCACGUACCUUGUCGAUGAUGUCGCUGACCCGGUGGUUGAAUUCACAAGCGUAGGAAUCGGCUCAACGUGCCGUGUGGUCAGUGCACCCAACAAUGUGGCGAUCAACUCCACGACCCUAGAGAUCAACCAAACCAGUCAGGGCGGCAAGCCUUUAAACCCAGUCAACUGUAUUGAGCCAGGCAAUAAAUACACCGAUCCAGGAACAAACUUCACAUGGGUGGUCGACUCUGUGAGCCGAGCACUCAACGGCACGGACCAAAGCGUGAAUUCCCCAAGUGGAGAAAUCAAUUCUAGGGCUGCCAAGAGCCCCCAAACCCCAUCAGGAGAACAACAACAUGGAAAGCCCAGAGACAAACAUUGUUACGAAGGUACUAUGUCUAUGGCCAAUCAGCCUUUCCUCCAUCCCUGCCCAUCCACCAGCACUGAAACUGCAUCUGAACUCUCUGAGCCAUGCCUUUCCAUCGCAGAAGACUUACCAGAGAGAGAUCACAGCAGUGAGAAGACCGGAAAAAAGCGGACAAAGCACUUUGUGGAAACGAAAGCAAAGAGGGCUAAAAAGGAUGUGAUCCCAGAGAAGAGCAAGCACAAAAGUCCCAAAGGAAAAAGGCAUAGGAACUCCAAGAGAGAGAGAAAAGUCAGUUCUUCACCUGAAUCUACCCCAUCACCCAACAGCCUGUCUGCCAAAAAUAUCAUUAAAAAAAAGGGUGAAGUGAUAGUGACAUGGACAAGGGAUGAGGACCGUGAUAUACUCCUGGCACUGAAAAUGAAAGGUGCCUCUCGAGAUACCUUUUCUGCCCUUUCAGAGAAGAUGAAGAAGACACCCGCUCAGAUUUCGGAGAGGUUUUCCCAGCUGAUGAAACUUUUUAAGAAGAAAGAGAAGAUGACGAGCUGACCUUUUUUUAUUCGAUUAAGAUUUCCUGAAAUGUGGAAAUUUUAUGGCUUCCGCUAAAUGUGCAGGUCACCUGAAUGUGAUAUCUUAUUGAAGGGUGAGGAACAUACAAAGUCAGUUGUUUUGGGACGUCUAUUGAUUGAGCAGAUGUCAAUGCACUGGAUUUAUUGUUCAUUUGUGUUUAAUGUGUUCUACCUUUUUGAUUCUGGGCAGUCCCAUGUCAUUUGUCGACUGUUAAUAUUGCCUAGCCUGGUUAUAACCUAUGAGAGGUUAAACACCGCUGCAGUCAUACAUUCAAAUAAAAGUUGUGAAAAUGUUUUAGCUGUAAAUAACAGAAUAGUGAAUUGCCUCUAAUGCUCAUUUGGAGCAUUUCAGCUGCUUGUACAAAAUUUGUACUAAGUGUUAUGUUUGCAUUUCUAUAUCAGCAUCAUAAUCUGGGAGUGUUGGUGUAUGAAAAUAAAGAUUGCAACUACAAUUAGGUUCACAUUUACUCUGUCACAUGGCAGAAAGUACAUUUUACUUUACGUCAAAAGUAUUCUAUUGGAUAUAUUUUGACUAUGUGGACUUCAAGAUGGUCGCUUAAAAUAAUAGACUAAUGCAUACGUUCUGUUUCCUGUAUCAGUCAAGAAAAUGGUAUGUUCAUAGAAAUUAGGGAUUUUACAAAGUACACAUUUCUUGACUAUUAAGAUUUUUGGUUGGUUGAUUUUGUUUUUGGAUGUUUGUGAAUUAAUGAAGAAUCACCAAGACAUACACUGUGUAUAUUGUACAUACAUUUUGUUUUUUGAAAAAAUAAAGUUUAUUUAUUUAACAAUA